AUGGCAACCUCACCACCACCACCAUAUCCAAUUCCACCCGAACAAAGCCCCGUAGUAUAUACAAUACAACACACCACUACGCAGCCGGAAGACCCAGACCUUAAAACACACAUCCACCCCCACACCCUCCUCAUCAGCAUCACCCGCAAAGACGCCCAGAUCCUCCCCACGGUCCUCCACUACUGGAACCACGACUCAGCCAUCGCUAUCGUAACAAAGCUCACAGAGGCCCAAUUACACUAUAUUCGCGGAUUCGAAGAGGUAGGGACUUUUCCUCCGCCCAUAGAGGGCGUCUGUGAUUCUCUUGCUCUGCAUCGUUAUUUUGUGUCACUAGUUGAAGGGAAGGGGAAUCGGGAGGCUGUUGAUGAUGCUAUUUCUCAGUUGAGAGGAGGAGGAGGUGGUGGUGGUGGCGGCGGUAGUGAUACGACUAGUUGUAGGAAUCGUGGGAAGGUUGACUUUCGCAUAUUUGUUAUCACAGUGUUUGGGGUUGAGUCAGAGGAUUUGUUGAGGGGUGGGCUGGCGCCCGUUUGGAAGUGGGCGAAGCCUGAGAGUGUAUAUUAUCCGAGGACGGGGUUUUGGGAGGCGGAGGUUGAGUCGGUCCUUGCUGAUGCUGAGUGGAUGGCGGGGAGAGGGUUGCAAUUGUUGGUGCAGGGUGUUUCGGAAGAGAGGAAGCAGAAAUUGAGACGUGCUAAGAGUAAGAGCAUGGGUAUAGUUUAG